UUCACCUUCAGCCCAGCUCCCGCUUCACGCAAACGGCUGCAGCUCAGCUCCGGCGGCUCAUCAAGCUCGGCGCAGCGGGCGCGCAGGAGCUGCUGACGGGGAGGACGAGACCGACAGCUUGCUCGGCCUGCAGCCAGCAGGAGCGCAGCACCUCCACCGACCGCCACGGGCUCCCGCAGCUUCCGCACGGCUUUGGGCACCCUCUCCUCCCUUGGAGGGCCCUUUCGGCUUUCCUCGCCUGGCCGCAGGCUCCCGGCGCGGCUGUCCCGCCAGCGGCCUCUGCCCCGCCGCACGCCAGGGAAAUGGAGACGUCGGGCAACGUCGAACCCACUGCGACACAGAAGCUGCCAGGAAUUUCGGCAUCGAUGCAGACAGAAGCUAGCUGGCUUCAUGAGCACGCCCACACCCUGUCGGAAGAGUUCAGCAGCUUAGAUAUUUUGUGUGACACGGAGUUCAAAGAAGAUUUUGUGAAGCUGUUCAAGAACUCUUUGCGUACCCUGCCCUCCGUUGGCCUGCCUACUCUCCUGGCCUACAGACCCGAAUCAUCACGAGGAAACAUACAGAUUGAGACAGAGGAGGACUGUGCUCCAAGGUGCGAGUACUGUGGCAGCCUGCUGAAGCUGUUCCCUUCCUUCGAAGAUGCUUGCCCACCGUCACAGGAUUAUGAAUCAAAAUUCUGCUGCGAGCAUAAUAGAGAUCUCUACGAGUUCAUUGUAAAUGAGAGGAAGAACCACGAAGGCACCUGGAACGUUCCCAUUGCUGUCAGCCCCCAUGAAUCCCACAGCACCGAAGCCUACAGGCUGCUGUCCAAGGAGAGAGCAUACCAGAGGCAGCAGGAGAGACAAAUGGCCAGGCAGUUAGCUUUCCUGGGAGCAGAGCCGACGAGUGUAGCUGAAUGUUCAAAUCAAGCUGGCACAAUUUCCUACCUGCUUUCUCAGGAGCCCCCAUCACCAAAGGGCCGGACAGUGGUGCCUGGUGAGAGAGCAGCAAAGCCUGAGGAGGAGCCUGUCUCCUACAGUAUCACCUGCUGUGAUUUUACCCCUGUGGGUGGAAAGGUAGUGAAGAAUGAAUUGUUGGAAAAACACUACAAGCAUGGAGGGAAAUUCCUUACUGUGCUUCCAGAUGGAACAUCGCAGUUAUUCUAUCCAUCUGGAAAUCUGGCAAUCAUUGUUGUACGAGAGAAAAAACGGCUUAUUUGCAUAGUACAGGAAGACAAGCCGAAUAACGCCGAAAUACAAGCAGUAUUUAUGUCCAGUGGCAGAAGUACUUGCUAUUAUCCAAAUGGAGCUGUGUGGAUAAACAUGAAUAUUCAGGGAGGGCAGUAUUUGGACCAAGAGGGCAGCAGGGUGAGACGGUGGACAUGGCCGAACAGCGUCAUGUCAUCAGGACCCCACAUCCCGCUGGGCCCCAUCUUCAUCUCCCUGAACCGGCACGUCGGGGUCAGGAUCCUGGGCCAGGACAAGAUCACUGUUUCCUUCCUCGCCAUGGGACAACAAGCAAAAUUCAACGUGGGAACAAAAGUGCAGGUCAACAACAUUGGCCAGCUGCCUCCCCCCACCUGGCUGGGUGAAGAUGAGCUCCUGCUGCUUGCCUUCAGGGUGAGGAUCCUGCGGCUCUUCGACAGACUGCGUAGAUGCUUAAGCUUUCCUUCUAAUGAGCAAUGGGACAAAAUCAAGCCUCCAGCAUACCUUACCACGCAGACUUUAAAGAUCUUACAGCUUUGUACAACUUCUGACAUAAGUGAUGAGCUGCGCAGCUCCAUCAGGGCAAUAGUAAAUGCUCAGGUGUGACCCGCAUUUGUGUGGUGUGAAGGCUAAACGAGCCGUGUGAGAUGCCCCAAGCUGCUGCAGUGCCUGCACACACUCGGCAAGGUUUCCGCUGCAGCCCUGCCCUGACAUGGCACAGAGCAAAGGGCUGCCUGUGGCCAUUCUGCACAGCCCCUCUCCUGGGGCCAUGCCACACUGACAGGGUCUCCCAGCAGAAACCAGCCCAGGCUGACCAGUCGUUUCAGCCCGUGGAUGUGGCACAAAGAUAAAAGCAAGCACAGCUAAGGCGUAGCCUGUGGCAGGUAUACAGGGAGGAGGUGUUUGCUCAGAAGUCACCCACACAGGCACCGCUCUGCACAGCCAGCGCUCCUGCCAAGGACUUUGCACCAGCAGGAUGCCCCGAUUUCCCUGGCACGAGUGCUGGAUGGCAGCUGCAGCCUGCUGCAGGUAUGAGACACAGCAGUUCCCCAUGCAGCAAGAGGGACAAAAGCCUACAAUUUGUCCAAAGCAAUCAAAGGUCAUGGUCUUGGUGACGUUCGUGCGGAUGCUGGGGACAGAAGGCCAUUAACACGGGCAGCAGACAGCGUGGAUGAGCUGCGGCCUCUCGGCAGCAGCUCAUAAGGGGUUGCUGCAGUGGGAAGGCUCUGCUGCAUCAGGUGCCCUGUGUUUCCUUCCUGCCAUGGAUGCGGCGGCUGCGGGAGCAGCACAGGCAGAGGUGGUGGGGCACAGACCCCCCGUGAAGCGGGUGCCUUGGGCUGGCCCCCACCCCGAGAAACACCCCAUCCCGGGAGAGGGGCGGUGGAGGGCACUGCUCCUGCUCGCUCACCCAGGCUUGCGCUGGCCUCAUUGCAGGGGUGUCAGUGGGGUGCAGGGCCUUUGGGAAAGGGCAGACCAUCACCAGCUCCCCUUCACCUCUCCAUGCCCAGGCGAUUUCUGAGCUUUCCCCAGAGUCAGAGCAAGGGACCGUCCCGCCGCGCCACAGGGCCCAAGGCAGAGCGGUGUCCUGCUGCCGCAUCGCCCAGCUCCCGCAAAACACAGACCUUUGCAGACUUGGCCACGGUGGCUUGGGUGAAAAUCUUUGAUUAAAGAUGCAAAAUCUUCUAGAUUCUCAAUCUUCAGUUUAGAAAGACAAAGAUCACACCUGGGAGUUGAUUUUGAGCUGUUGUGCCAUUUUAAUUCCAGUUUUUAGCAGGGUUACAUCUCAUUUAUGCCAGCGCGAGAUGAGACCCAAGGACAGACCUGUGCUGCCAACAGCUUAUGUGUUACAGCCUGUUCUUCUGCACUCACAGUGGGAAACAUGAGCCCUGUUUUUCCGUCCUUCCCUAAUCUGCACCCAGUUCGCAGCGAUUCCACCACAACUGUAUCAUUUACCCUUGCGCUGAACAAGCCAAGAUCAACAAGCUUGAAUUUGCCCCUCAGUAUUAUUAUUUAAUAUCUGUUUUGCACAAGGAUGAAAUCAAUCAGGUGUUCAAAUAGGGCAUUUUUAGAUCAGUGGGUCUUUAUAAUGUCAUUUUAAAACCACAAAGUAGCACUGUGCAGGAGAGAGCAAAAAGCUGCAAUUUUAACACCAGGACUGUGGAGUAAGUGAAUGUGGCCUCCCGUGAUCUCAUCGCCCUUACUGGAUGCAAGCCGUGGGACAGAAAAACAACCCACACAAAACACAGAACUGAGGCCUUGAUAUGCGGGACAGAAGGUCAGGGGCACAGCUGGAGCACCGGAGCAGGAGAGCGCGCCUAUCUAUGUUUAUACCGUAUGUGGAGCUAGUGUGAUAGAACACGUUCAGAGGCAGAGAGAAGGGAAAAAUACUAGCUCAGGAGGCAGACUACAUCGAGGCUGCUCUCUUGUGAAUAAACGGCUUUUGGGCUUUGC